UCAAACGCUCACGUGGUUACGCGUGUAAAAGAAGAAAAAAAUCACAAGAGCGGUAGAAGCAGAAGAAAAAGAAGAAGGCCGAGCAAACGAAGCAGAAGGGGCCGCCCUCCGGGUGUGACAAUCGCAGUAGGAAGAAGGUAACGACGAGCAAAGCCUACUUGAAUGUUGUCUGAGCGACGGACGCGGUCCUCCUAGGAUUACCCCAUUCGAGUGAAGCUCUAUUGUUCCGAGUAGACCGGCUGUGACUUGAUUCUCGUAUAAAAUGUGAAUUGAUUAGGGAGUAAUGAUCAUUUUAGUUGGUGCGUUCAGUACAGUCGCAUAUCAGUGUCUUGGCAAGUUUAAGUAAAGUGCGAGUCUCAAGCAUUUCCGUUGUUCUACAUAGAACAUUAUUUGUGGUGAAAAAAAUAUAAUCUCUCGUGUUGCAGUAGAAAAUAUGUUUACCAAACUGGUGACAGUCUUUGUGGUGGUUACUUUGGCAGCGUUUGGAUGCACUUAUGCUCAAAGUAACAACUGGCGUCGCCCGAACGAGACUUCCUUCGCGACCGAAUCGGCAAACGAUCGUUCUCAGCGACUUGGUCUGACGACCGGAUACGGUAGUGGUGGUCUGAACGGGUACGGCUAUUCAAGCUCCGGCGUAGGAGGCUACGCCCCGUUAAAAAUCGACCUCGGUGGAGUCGUUCUCGGGACACUAGUUGGAAUCGGAGCCCUGUUGAUUCUUCCCAAGCUGGUUAGUGCCUUCGGUGGUGGAGGCUACGGGGGUGGCCAUUAUCGUAGUGCUGAAGGGAGUGAUCUUACCGGGGUUACCGAGAUGCUGAACAAGGUCGACGGGUUUUUGGCGCAAAACAACAUCGAUUCGGGCUCAUGCAUGCAGAAGGCGAUCUGCAGCUACGUACGUUCCUCGGAUUAUCACAUGCAGGUCGGAACGGCUGAUCAAAUCGAACAUAUGAUUCUUGCUUUAUCGGAGAACUCGUUGGUGGACUACAUGCUGGACGGAACAGCGAUUAAGGAGGCUAUCAAGAACGGGAAACAACAGACGGCACGAUCCUGCGAUGAGCUGUACAAAACAUGCCCCUUGGAUAGGCAAUCUGCACUACAAGUGUUCAAAAAAAUGUUCCCUCUAGGUGGGAACUAACUAACAGCCAAUAGGGAUCACUCAUAGACAUCCGGAGAAUAUGCAAACAGUGAAUAUAUUUAGAAAAAAAAACUAAUUACCGAUCAAUGUCAUAAACAAGCCGUCUCGCAGUGUGCCGUAUGUAGUUUGUGAUAAUAGUCGUCGAGGGAUUUCCAUAAAUUAAGGAACAAAUCAAGGUCCGAGAACUCAUCCCUCAAACAAUAAUAAUAGACACCGAAAAACUGCCAUAGCCUACUCAUAGCACGGUGACUCGUACGCCAAAAAUUCAUCGCCAAACCGAAUCAGAGAUCAUAUAAAUUUACACUUUACGCUCACCACAACUCCGCAACAUUCACACACACACCCACGCCCAGACAAGCAACUACGAGUACACGCUCAACUCACGUGUCACCUGUUUUUUUCGAGAAACCUUCCUAGCCAAGCUUCAUUCAGUUCAAGGAUAUACGAUGAAAAAAGGUCACACAGAAAAGUAACUCCCACAAACCAUGGAUUCACUUUGCGGAGGUGAUGACACUCUUCUCGAAUGCUGGAACAGCAAAAAUCGUACACCAGCUAGAGACAAUAAUUUAUUAGUAUCAAAGGUACAACAUAAAUAAUCCUUGGAUCGUAGAUUCAAAUACGUCCUUGUUUGUGUCAACGACCCUAUAUUUGCGGGAGCGGCCAUCAUCUCCGACCGUAUAAAGUGAGAUCGGAUUUCGUUCCAAAAAUCAUACCCAAGCAGAAAGCAAAAUGAUUCUAUUUUAAGAAAAUUCCGCACAACAACGAACUAAGUUCAGCUUGGUGGAACUCAACAACGACUAGCCUAGCCUGCUAGUAGCGGGUGAUCGUGUAUCGGGGCAGUAGAUCACCAUUCUGAUUCAGUAUUCAUCUCGUGUGAUCCAAUGUGUGACUAACGAAAUCCCUGUACAAAUUCAGAUGGAAUUUGCAUUCGACAGUGAGGUUGGAAAUGUAAACCACUACAAGCUCAUUUGGACAUUUUUGUCGCAGAGGAAAGAUGUUGCAGCUGCUCAUGCUAAAUGAAAAUAAAAAAUGCAUUCUCUGUUAACUGCUAUUUCUUUAUAUAAAUACUAGUAACAAUCAUACAUUUCUGAAAAAGGAAAACUCACAUGAGAUAUACAUGUAUUAUUUACGAAGGGGAUCCAAAAAUUUAGCCUAAACAUAAGUAACGAUAACGGUUCUGGGGGAUUGGUAUACGUACAACUGUAAAUAUUUCCUCGCAUAAAUGGUGAAAGAAUAAAUAAAUGAUCAAAUGAAAUUGAA